AUGAAGAUACUCUCAUGGAAUAGUCGGGGGAGUGCCUGGGAAGGCUUUGUGGCACAAACCCAGUUCUAUGUUGCAUGUUUCGAUGUUGAUAUCCUUUGUAUUUUAGACACCAGGGCUCCUUCUGUCUCUAUUUCAAACAAACUUAAGAAUCUUCCAUUCGAUAAUUCUUAUGGUAUUUCAGCCUUAGGGCAAUGUGGUGGUUUGGUGAUUCUUUGGAAAUCAAAUCUAGUUAAGGUUGAUGUAAUUGAACCUCAUGAUAGAUUUAUCCACUGUCUGAUUAAGGAUUUGGUCACUUCCAAAUCUUAUUAUGCAACUUUUGUUUAUGCCUAUCCCCAAAAAGAUAGACAAGCUGUGCUUUGGAAUGAUCUUGCUCGUUUACAACCACCCAAUAAUGAAUGUUGGGUACUGAUGGGAGACUUUAACAUCAUUACUAGCCUUGAUGAAAAGCUUGGUGGAGGCCAAGUAGUCACAAAUUAUAUGCUCAAUUUCUGUGAUUUUUUAAACAAUGAAAACCUUUUCUCUUUGAGAGCCUUUGGACUCCCAUAUACUUGGACAAAUAAACACGAAGAUGAUUCUCUUAUUUUUGAGAGAUUGGAUAGGGCUUGUGUCAACACAAGCCUUCUCAAUGACUGUCCAGAUAUCAAAUUGGAAAACCUUCCAAUAAUUGGUUCUGAUCAUGGGCCUAUUUGUCUAACACUCAAUAACAUAAAGAAAAAGAAAAACAAAUCCUUUAAAUUUGAAGCCAUUUGGCUCUCACAUAAGGAGUUUAAACCUUUGGUUGAACAUAUUUGGAACCAAAGUCUUAAUACUAACCAUUUAUUGAAUUUUGUCACCAUUGCAGGUCAAUUCUCUAGCCAGGCACAAAACUGGAACAAAAAUGUCUAUGGAAACCUCUUCAGGAAGUUGGAGGAUCUAAAUGAAAGAAGUAGUCUUAUCCAACAACAGUUAAUGAUGUCACCUAUGUCUAACUACUUGCAAGUGCAGGAUCUGCAAGUCAGAGAGGAACUUCUGGUACUUUAUAAAGACGAGGAACUGUUUUGGGCUCAAAAGGCUAAAGCUAACUGGCUCAAAUUGGGAGACAGGAACACUAGAUUCUUCCAAGCUCAGGUCAAUAUUAGGAAGAAAUCUAACCUGAUAACAAGAAUUCAAGAUAGCUCUGUAAAUUGGGCUACUGCAGAUCAUGACAUUGCGGAUAUUUUAAUCCAAGAUUUUAAAAAGAGAUUCCAUCUUGAUAAUGCUCCUAAUAAGGAUUCUUUAAAUGAUUUUAUUUGCAUUAUAGAGCCAUGCAUUAAUCAUUCUGACAAUGAGCUUUUGAAUAAACAGGUCACAGAUGAGGAAAUCCUAGAAGCUGUUAAAGCUAUUGGACCUCUUAAAGCACUCGAUCCAGAUGGGUUGCAUGCCUCCUUCUAUCAAAACUGCUAG